AUGGUACGAAAGCCUCAUUUUCUCCGUUUCUUCAGGAUGGCAUUCUUCAAAUAUCUUCGCUCUGUUAAGAAUGAGAUUAUCCUUUUCUCAACUCCAUUACUUCUUCUUCCACUGCCUUUAGUGAUCGGGACAUCGGAAGCAGAAUGUGCCUUUGUGAUAAUCAUGAUGGCAGUUUACUGGUGCACAGAGGUCCUACCACUGGCAGUCACUGCUCUUCUCCCAGCCAUCCUUUUCCCUUUGUUUGGCAUCAUGCAAUCCAAAGAUGUGUGUAUGCAGUACCUGAAGGACACAAACCUGUUGUUUGUGGGGGGGUUGAUGGUUGCUGUCGCCGUGGAGCACUGGAAUCUGCACAAGCGCAUCGCCCUGAGGGUGCUGCUCUUUGUUGGUGUGCGUCCAGCGCUUUUGAUGUUGGGCUUCAUGGGUGUCACAGCCUUCUUGUCCAUGUGGAUCAGUAACACAGCUACCACAGCCAUGAUGGUGCCUAUUGUGCAAGCAGUGCUGCAGCAGCUCAACAACAGUGAGGACGAGAUACCUAAGAUCCUCAGCUCAGAAGAGCCGGAGCAGACAUCAGAGACUGACAGCAAACAGGCUCCACAGACAGAGAAGCAGAGUGAGGGACAAGGACCAGUGGUGGUGACUUUCUUGGAUGCCGCAGUCGAGGAUGCCAUGCGUAAGGAUGCAGAGGAAAAGAUGAAAAUGUGUAAAGGGAUGACCUUGUGUGUUUGUUACGCUGCCAGCAUUGGAGGCACUGCCACACUGACAGGAACCGGUCCCAAUCUGGUGCUCAAAGGCCAGAUGAACCAACUCUUCCCUGAAAAUGGAGAUGUGAUUAACUUUGCCUCCUGGUUUGGCUUUGCCUUCCCUAACAUGAUCAUCAUGCUCACGCUGGCCUGGCUUUGGCUGCAGUUUGUCUUUAUGGGAUUUAACUUUAAGAAGACGUGGGGUUGUGGGGCUGUGAAGACAGAAAAGGACAUCGCUGCUUAUAAUGUGAUCCGUGAGGAGCACCGUCGGCUGGGGCCCAUGUCCUUUGGAGAGAUAAGUGUCCUGGGUCUCUUCACACUGCUGGUGGUGCUGUGGUUCACAAGAGAGCCAGGCUUUGUCAACGGCUGGGCGACAAAUAUCUUCAACUCCAAAGCAGAGUAUGUGACAGAUGCCACAGUGUCAAUCUUCAUUGCCAUCCUUCUUUUUGUUUUACCCUCAAAACCCCCAAGUUUCUGUUCGUGGAGGACUCAACGUUUUGACACAGCACCCCAUCAAAAUACCGGGCCGACUCCUCCUCUGCUCACCUGGAAAGUUGUUCAAAAAAAGUUACCGUGGGGCAUUGUGCUUCUUCUUGGUGGAGGUUUUGCUCUUGCCAAGGGCAGUGAAGUAUCUGGACUCUCAAAGUGGAUGGGAGAUCAAAUGACUCCCCUGCAACACAUCCCUCCCUGGGCAAUAGCUAUCAUCUUAUGCCUGCUGAUUGCUACCUUCACAGAGUGCACCAGUAAUGUUGCCACUGCGACGCUCUUCCUACCUGUCUUAGCCUCAAUGUCUCAGUCCAUUGGAAUCAAUCCACUGUACGUCAUGGUGCCUUGUACGCUGAGUGCCUCUUUUGCUUUCAUGCUGCCUGUUGCCACGCCUCCAAACGCUAUAGUCUUCUCUUAUGGAUACCUCAAGGUUUCUGACAUGGCUAAGACAGGAAUAGUCAUGAACAUAAUUGGCAUCCUUUGUAUAACACUGGCCAUUAACACCUGGGCCAAGGCCAUGUUUGACCUGGACACCUUCCCCGCCUGGGCCAACGUCACCGGGGUGUGAGCUUGGUUCUGCCAGAGAAGAAGACCCAUGCACAGCCUGCCCUCCCUACACCGGCGCCAGACCAAGACCUCUGGUCAGAGCCAUAGCACAGGAGCACAUGGUGGACCGCAAGUGUCCAAUCGUUGUUAGAGUACAACGCCCUCGAGGCUUGUUCUCAUUGACACCUGAGUCUUGCUUGUAAAAGAAAGUGGCUAUGAAAAUGGUUGGGAAUGACAUUUAAAACAAUGUUUUAUAUUUUAUUAUAAUGAAUUUACACUUAAAAGAAAAACGCAUUACAUUCAUGUACCAGUAUAAAAAAAAUAUAUAUAUAGGGUCAGUGUAUUCAAAAUUGAACAGCCAACAAAUGGGCUGUUAAUAAGGUCAAAGUUAAUUGAAAUGUUUUACAUAGAAAGUUAACCACAUCUAAAAAAGCCAUUCAUCAUAAUAUAAGAUCGUUACUUUGCACAUUAACUCAAGUACUGCACUUACACGUACAUUUUUUAGAUAUAAUUGUUUUAGAAGAUUAACAUUUGAUGCCGCUUUUGCUUUCACCUUGUAUUUCAGAGGGACUUUUGUCUUUUUUUAUUAAAUGUAUCCGACAGCUGUAGUAACUAGUAACUUUUCAUAUUAAGAAAAUAUAAACUAUUAUCAUAGAUUAAUAUACAUGUAUAAAGCACAAUCGAAACAAGACACAUCAUUGAAAUUCCUCUUAACGUGUUGAAACUGUAAAUGUCUGCCCAAAUAGCUCACCGGUCUCUGCUGCCAAAUAUGGACCAGACUCGUGAUUGACUAUUUUUACAUUGUUUUAUAUUGCAGCAUUUAUUAGUACUAGUUUACUUAGUAAGAACCGCUAAUGGAUUCCCCCUGCACUGCUUUCAAGCACUGAAUUUUUAAAUCUCAAUAAAAACACAUCUCAUAAAAUAUAUUUAGAGUAACAAACUGUUGUUUCUGAGGUUUGCCCUUUUGUUAUUUACAGGUAAUAGGCUGAAACAUGACACUAAGUUAACGUAUGUCCCUGUGUUGAUCUUCUGUAUACAGAUGUAUGUUUGUUUGUUAAAGGCUUGUUCCAGCAUCUGUUGAACUUUUUGAAUCGAUACAAUGCAAGAAACCAAUAUUUGCCUUUUACAGUCACACUGCCUUAUUGUACUUUAAACAGAUGUUCUAUCUUUUGAUCAAUACAUUUUAGAAAGUCUGCCUGCAAUAAUGAAUUCUGACUGAAUUGCCAAGAAAGAACCAAUGUAUUUUUCAGUUCUAUUUUAAGACUUUUGUACCUGACAGAUGACGAUUUGAGUACCUUUUAUGCCUAAAACGCCAAUGGGCUGAAAUAGACACAUGUAUAUCAUUGUUCUGUGACAAAAUAAAAGACAGGAAUUAAAA